AGGCUGAUAUUUACUCUAGCGUUGUAUCUCUUUAUCAUUUUUCUGCCUAAGUGACUGCUUUAUCAGGCUACUUAUUAAGAGGGGGACAACAUCAGAAAUCUAGGCUCUGUUUACAGUUCUUAUUUUGCCUUUUGUUUUUCCUCAGGGUUGUACAGAGCAGUUAUUUUGUUGCAAUCCAUAUAGGUACAUAAAGUACUGUUUCUGUUUGUCUUUUGCCACAUGAGAGGAAAGGCACACAUGAGGUACGUCUUACAGUUGCAUGUCUAAACUGUGUGACUGUAUUUAAAGUACAUUGUACAUAAUUGUCACUACCUUUCAUAUAAACAAAUGGCUGCUGUGGAGGACCGGUUCCUGCAAUUCCAUCCAGUUCAUGGAUUAAAUGUCAGACUGGACCCCUCUGGAACUCAGGCUACACGUGUGGAGAGCUUUGCUCAUGGAGUCUGCUUCAGCAAACAGCCCUUAGCCCCAGGGGAAAUUUUCCUCAUCGAGAUUGAGGACAAAGAAUUGGGCUGGUGUGGCCACCUACGGAUUGGUCUAACAGCCCAUGACCCCUGCAGUUUGGAAACAGUGCCUGAGUAUUCCUUGCCUGACCUGGUGAAUUUGGGCGAUAGCUGGGUGUUUGCUAUCACUCGAAACCACAACAAGGUUGUAGAGGAGGCGGGUGAGGCGGGAGGAGAAGCAGGAGGCAGAGUUGAGGCAGAGGGAACAGAGGGUAGCAGCGUGCCUGGCACCUUCUUCACCAAGUCCCACCUUCAUAUCCAGAACGUUUGCAUCCCUAGGGACAAACUGGUGGGCCGCAGCCGCCCCGGACGGUUUAGCCACAUCCUUGACGACCUCUACAAAACCAACGCGCUGCCCCCUACUGCUCGUCGUAGCCGCAUAGGAGUGCUGUUUGUGCCUCGGGGACAAGGCAGGGCAGACAUGCACAUUGUCAUCAAUGGCGAAGACAUGGGCGCCAGUGCCAAGAAUAUCCCUACCCAGCGGCCACUCUAUGCUGUUGUAGACGUGUUUGCUGCCACCAAAUGUGUCCAAAUUGUCCAAGUGGAGUACGGCUUCUCUUCUCUUCAGACACUGUGCCGGAAGACCAUUCAGAAACACAUUGUUCACAGAAUGGCUCUAGAUUGGUUGGAGCUCCCAGAAUUACUCAAGAAUUAUUGCAAGUAUGAAUGACAUACAGUGAAGGCAGUGAAAGCCAGUGAUGAUUCUGCUAAGGACAUUAAUGCUCAGUAGUAUUUAAUGGACUGAAUUCUUGAAAAAUUGGAGCCUCACCAAUUAGUCUCAUUUUCCAUUUGGGAUGAAAAACAGCAGUCAUCUGAUUUCAGAUUUUGAAAAAGAGAACAAAAACUUUACAA